AUGGCAGGUGAGACGAUCAUGAGUGACGGCAUGGUUCCAGUGAAUGCAACCCAGUCGCUGUCAGACUUGUCCAGCGACCCGCAACUGCAGGAGUAUCUCGCAAGGGUUCGGCGAAGGUUGCAACAGCAUGAUGAAACAACGUACGGGCUCCUGCGAAACGAACUUCGGAACAAGCCCACGUGGGUGCAGGAUGUGAUCCUUGGACUGCUGGCACAUGAAACGAGUUCUUCCUUUUACCGUAUCUCAAAGAAUGUUCAGAAGUUCAAGCAGUGCUUGGAGAAGUACGCGACUAUGAUGCAUUCGGAGGCAGCCACGCAGGCGCGGAGCCUCGUUCGGGAAUUGAGGACGGCAGACCUCGCGGCGUUGCACCGUGAAGCCAGCACAAUUUCUGGUCAUUUGCAGCGCAUCACAGAGAGCCGGGAAAGGAACGAUUUCGCUUCGGUCCAUCAGAUUGCUGCUGUCAUCCAAGGAAAUGCACGUCGAUUCUCUGAAAAGCUGAACAGGCUCAGGCCGUUGCUUGAAGAGCUUGUGCAGAAAGCCAAGGAGUUGGAGAAAGAGUUUCAGCAAGGCGCCCAGCAGGCUGAGAUGGACGGUCGCAAUUUGUCGACCCGCAUGACCUGGGCGAACGGAAUUUUCGAAUGGAUGGACGAGAUCGAAGGAAGUGCAGGCAAAGCUGUGGUUGCCAUUGCUGGCGGCUGUUGUGUGACCUGGCUCGGGGCGCUUGUUUUGGCAGGUAUUUUCAGCGGGCUGGGCCAGCUGGUCUUGGCCCUCGGGGGCAUAGCAGGUGGUGCCUGUCUCCUUGGCUUCCUCGGGAUCGGAGUUGGCUGCGCUACUAAUUCGGCAGAACUCGUCAGACAUUCAGCCGUUCCAGCUUUUGGUGGUUUAAUGGUGGCACCGGGCUUGAGCGCAAUCGCAAACGGAUUGGCUACAAUGGCAGCUACGAUACUGGUAGCAGUGCCGGCUUUGCAAAUCUCCGUGAUUGCAAGCACCAUAGGUUUGGCUCUGUUCCUGGUAGGUGCUGUCGGGAGACGUGCUCUCCAGAGCUUGCUCGCAAGCCUUUGGCACGCUGAGCUAUCUGAGCAUGAGACAACACAAGCAGCCUUUCAACAGAUGGCAGAUCAUUUACGAGCAAUCACAGAGCUCAGCACAGUCGACGCAAAGGUGGCUGCUGUCGCAGAUGCGUUGGAAGUCCUGGAAAUCACGGCUGAAGAGUUGGCAACGCAAGCGCAGGAUGCCCAAGGAAUGUUCCCUGCAGCAGGACCAGGAGCAGAGAGAGCACUUGCCGACAUGCGCACACGCAUGGACGAACUGGAAGAUCAACUUCGCAGUGGGUCUAGCUCCCUGUUGCCACGCGUGACAGAACUCACCUCACACCUGAUGAAUUCGGAAGCUCUGCCUGACGGUGAGGCUGCACGAAUUACCAUGCAGAGCUAG